AUGAGGGAGGAGCCCAUCACACUAGAUGAAGCAAAGCCAGUCAUAAAAAGCCUAUCAUUUCUGAUUUUCAAGGCACACUAUGCCCAUUAUGAUAUAGCAACCACAAUCAUGACGAUGAAAUCCCACAUUCAAGCCCUUGAACAGCGUGCGAGUACAGCAACUGUCCAAAAUACCGUUUUUGGGCAAUUGGCUGCAGAAGCACUACCCAAGAAUCUACACUGCAUAACCUUUAAACUAAUGGCUUAUUGGCUCAAGAAGAAGUCAAUACAAGAGCUUGCAGAUGAGCAGAGGACCUCACCCCGAUUAGUGGAUAACAAUCUCUACCACUUUUGCAUAUUUUCAGAUAACCUGCUGGCUGUUUCCGUUGUUGUCAACUCGACUAUCUCAAAUGCUGAGCAUCCAAAGCAGCUUGUUUUCCACAUUGUUACAAACGGUGUGAACUAUGGGGCAAUGCAGGCUUGGUUUCUUAGUAAUGACUUCAAAGGGUCUAUGAUAGAAGUGCAGAACAUUGAGAACUUUGGUUGGUUAAAUGCUUCUUACUCUCCUGUUGUUAGACAGCUACUAGACGCAAAUUCAUGGGCUCACUACUUUGAAGGUUCACAGGACGUGAUUUUUCUUGACGACGUUGUCGUUGUCCAGAAGGAUCUGAUCCAUCUGUUUUCAGUGGAGUUGCAUGGAAAUGUAAAUGGAGCAGUGGAAACCUGCCUUGAAGCAUUUCAUCGUUAUUACAAAUAUAUUAAUUUCUCAAAUCCAAUCAUUAGCUCCAAGACUUGUGGGUGGGCAUUUGGUAUGAAUGUUUUUGAUUUGAUUGCAUGGAGAAAAGCAAAUGUGACUGCAAAGUAUCAUUACUGGCAGGAGCAGAAUACUGAUAGGAUGGGCUUAUUAGCUUUUUAUGGAUUGACAGAGCCACUCGAUAGGAGAUGGCAUGUCUUGGGAUUGGGUUAUCACCUGAAUAUCUGA